AUGGAGAUUUUGAAGAAAAAUCCAAAAAGUUUAAUUCACCGAGCAAUAAUUAGUACUGACUCACAAAAAUUAAUUACAGAAUAUUUUCACUCAAAAUUUGAGAAUGACCAGAUAAAAAAAUAUCCAGAAUUCGAUGUUGCAAAAUCUGGCCCUGAAGUAGAAUUAUUAAAAGCGUGUAGGGAGUUAUCACAAAAUGAAAAAGAACUUGAUGCAAAGCAUGAAGAGUAUGAAGAAAAACGAAAAUUUAUGAAUCAACAAUGGGCUGAAAUGAGACGUAAAGAAUCUUUAUUACGGGAAUCUUUUAUAAAAUUUGAUAAUUUCGUCAAGGAAAAUCAUGAAAAACGUUUGCGUGCUCAGAGAAAAAUCAAUGAUGAAAAAGAUUGUCAGAAAAUAUAUCAAAAUCAAAUUGCAGAACUUGAGGAAAAACUUGUAUAUCUGGCUGCUAUUCGUGAUAAAAUGCAAAAGUAUGUUAAAGAUUAUCGACCAGCCCAAAAUUAUUUAGAAUCAGUUGUAAAUGAAAUUGGAGAGUUUCAAUCAAUCAGUCAGAUUUUUAACCGAUACGAAAAUUUAAUGGAAGUGAGACAAAAUGUGGCUGAACAUCAGGAUAAAAAUCUUCAUACUCUAGAAGAAAUUGGCAUCGAAAUGCAACGAAUCACUGAAGGAAAAGGUCACACGUUGAUUAGUCUGAACAAUCAACUUGCAACUCUACAAAGCCGAUACGAUCGUGUUAAAGUAGAAGCAUUGAAGUGGGAAACUGCAGUAUCGCGAAUAAAAUCCAUCGCAGCUGAAAAAAUUCUUGAAUUGAUUAGAAUUCGUCUGGCAUGCUGGAAUCUUUAUACUCAGAUGUGCAAACGCAAAGGAAUUCCAAUAGACGUAUCAAAAAAUGACAUUGAAAAUCAAUUAGUUCACAUUAAACGAACUAUUGUAGAGCUGAAAAGAAUUGUGAGAAUUGCUGAAAAACGUUUUACUAAAGUAAAUAAAACUCUUAAGAAAUGGCAAUAA